AUGGAGAAGUACGAGAAGCUUGAGAAGGUUGGAGAAGGAACGUAUGGGAAGGUGUACAAGGCGAGGGAGAAGUCCACUGGUCAACUCGUUGCUCUCAAGAAGACGCGUCUUGAGAUGGACGAAGAAGGUGUUCCUCCAACCGCACUCAGAGAGGUUUCUCUGCUUCAGCUGCUUUCUCAAUCUCUCUACAUCGUUCGUCUUCUCACUGUCGAACACGUCGACAAAAUCCCCAAAUCACAAGCCGCAUCCUCCAAUCCCCAAUCAAAGCCAAUACUCUAUCUCGUCUUCGAAUACCUUCACACCGAUCUCAAGAAAUUCAUCGAUUCACACCGCAAAGGUACCAAUCCUCGUCCUCUUCCUUCUUCCCUCGUUCAGAGCUUCCUCUUUCAGCUCUGCAAGGGCGUUGCUCACUGCCACAGCCACGGCGUUCUCCACCGCGACCUUAAGCCUCAAAAUCUUCUUCUUGACCAGCAGAAGGGGAUUCUCAAGAUCGCCGAUCUUGGUCUCGGUCGUGCAUUCACUGUCCCUCUCAAGAGCUACACUCACGAGAUUGUCACGCUCUGGUAUAGAGCCCCUGAGGUUCUCCUUGGAUCCACUCACUACUCCACCAGCGUUGACAUGUGGUCCGUUGGUUGCAUCUUCGCUGAAAUGGUGAGAAGGCAAGCUCUGUUUGCGGGGGAUUCUGAGUUUCAGCAACUCAUCAACAUUUUCAAGAUUAUGGGGACUCCAACGGAGGAGCAAUGGCCAGGGGUUACUUCUCUGCGUGAUUGGCAUGUCUACCCGCACUGGGAACCGCAGAACUUGGCACGCUCUGUGCCCUUAUUGGGACCAGAAGGAGUUGACCUUCUCUCGAAAAUGCUCAAGUAUAAUCCUUCUGAGAGAAUAUCUGCCAAGGCAGCACUUGAUCAUCCCUACUUUGACAGUCUUGACAAGUCACAAUAUUGA